AAGCAAAUACCGACGCUUGUGUCUCUGCAGGGCUCCCCGCUGUUCGAGCUCCUGCAGCAGGAGCAUGCGAGCGCAGCAGCAGAGCCGGUGGAGACCACAGCCAGUUUCAGCCAACCGCUGCAGCACAACCACACCGCCGCUGACCUAUAUCUCUCCCCUGUGCGCCAAGGCUUGCGGGUCUUGCCUUCCGAUUCCCCGGCCACGCCCCCCCAGCAGCCCACCGCCUCUCAGUCCAGCGCUCAGGCCCCCUGCCAAGCUCCAAGGCAGCCAAAAUCCAACUCCCUCAGUCUUUUCUAUAAGAAAUUGUACCGCCUGGCCUAUACGAGGCUAAAGACACUCUGCUCCUACCUGCUGUCCUCUCACCCUGAACUGGAGCCUAUAAUAUGGACCCUGUUCCAGUACACCCUGCAGCACGAGUACGAGCUGAUGAGAGACCGCCACCUGGACCAGCUGAUGAUGUCAGCCAUGUACGCCAUAUGCAAAGUGAAGAGCGUCGACCUGCGCUUCAAGUCCAUUGUCUCGGCCUACAAGAACAUGGCCAACACCAACCAGGAGACCUUUAAGAACGUGCUGAUCACCGAAGGCCACUAUGACUCCAUCAUCGUCUUCUACAACCAAGUGUUCAUGCAGAAGUUGAAAACGAAUAUCCUGCAACAUGCGUCCACCAAGCCGCCUCCCCCCUCUCCGAUCCCUCAAAUGCCUCGCAGCCCAUACAAGUUCCCCAACUCUCCUCUGCGCGUGCCUGGGAGCAACAACGUCUACAUCUCCCCUCUGAAGAACUCCCGCAUGUCUCCGGGUAUCAUGACUCCUCGCUCCAGAAUGCUGGUGUCCAUUGGCGAAUCGUUUGGGCUGAGCAACCGCUUCCAGAAGAUCAACCAGAUGGUCAACAGCAGCGAACGCUCCCACAAGAGGACGAUGGACUCAGGCUCCACUCUGAAGCCUCUGAAGAGGCUUCGCUUCGACAUGGACGGGCAGGAUGAAGCCGACGGCAGCAAACCUGGAGGAGAUUCAACCCUGAUACAGAAACUUACAGAGAUGAGCUCCACUUGGAGUCGCAUGCACGAGCAGAAGAUGAAGGAGGAUCCCGACACGAGGGAGGAGCCGCAGUGAGGACCGACCUGCACUGUUCGUCACGUUGUGAACACUACUGGUAGCUCAAAGAUGGAGGCAGACGUGAAUCUUCUCUGUACAUUUGAUGUGUUUUAGUUUGUAUUUAACUUGGCUCAGCCAGCAACCUGAGAAUGCAGGAGACUUUCUUGGCUUUUUGUGUUUAGGCUUUUGAGUGUUUUUACCGCGCAAUUUUUAUUGUAGUUCCUUGGACUUUUGACAACGAACAUUCAUUUGGUUUUAGCGAUCUUAGUUGGCUGCUGUCGAGGAAGCCAUUUGUUUCCCCUUCACCUAUGUCAAAAGCCUUGAUCAUGAUGCAGCAUUUCCAUUGUUAAAUCAUGGUUGUAUAGGAAACAGAGGAAAAUGUUUUACUUUGCAGUUCAAGUCUUAAAUUGACAAUGCUGCACUCAGUGGUUUUUCACACGGGGGCGUUAUGGCUCACCGGCCAUGGUAGGCCUUUUCUCAGGGGGCUGCACCAACGCCCAAAGAAAACAAGUUUUCUGGAGUUCCUUUG